UCUGACGAGAUUAAAUCACGGCAAGACCUGGAGCUUUAUGAUAUACAACGACGUGUGUUGUAAUUCACACUGACUUUUUUUUUGCCCUUAGGAAAUUUCACAUCUAUUUGACUUGUUUUAUUCUGGAUUUGUCCACUAUCGACGAUGUCUGCCGUCCUGCUUUCCACCAUGGCCGGGGAAAGACUGACCCCAAGGAAAACCGCUCCUCAAAGAAGCAAAGAGAUACUUCCUCUACUGAAGCGAACGGGAACAUGCCGAAAUCUGUUUGGACCGGUGGAUCAUGACAAGCUGAGGCGAGAAUUGUCUUCCAAACUUCGCAAAAUAUCCGAAAGAGAUCAGCUGAGGUGGAACUUUAAUUUUAGCGAAGGACAGCCGCUGGAUGGGGAUUUAAAAUGGGAGGAAAGUCGAGCUGAGGAGUGUCCGCAGUUUUACAGAGAAACGACUGCCGUGUCAAAGAGCCCUUUUGUGAACUUGUCCACGACGGAAAGAAUCACCCAAGUUGGCCCAAAACGUGAUGGACGUUCAGUGAAGGUCUUGAACCAAAAGAAGCAGAUAAACAAGUGUAACCGAAGAAAAUUAUCUCGCAAACCAGUCGCUCGCGUCCAGACGAAGAGACUCACGGACAUGCGCAUUACAGACUUUUAUGGGAAAAGGAAGAAAACGGAAAACGUCCAUAAAGAAAGCGGAAACAUGGAGUGAAAUCACAUCUUCUGAAGAAAAAAGCGCAGUUACCGCAGCAGUCCGUGCGUCACAUUGUGGUGGCGGGAAAAGGCCGGAAGUAAUGAUGUCUCAGAGUCUGACUCACGUUAUUACGUGAUAAUGUGAUUAAUGUGAUGUAUUUAUUCACUGAUGUAUGUGCCGUUUGUGCGGUUUCAACAUAUAAGAGCAAUAUACAACUGUUAAGUAACUUUAAAUUAAAGUCAGGACAAGUAAGCCUAUUUAUUGUUGUCUAAUAUAUAUAUGCAUGUAUAUAUUUUGUAAUGGCCUAAGUUAUUUAUUUAUUGUUUAUUUACUUUUGCAUUUCAAGUAUACUUUUGUGGUCGAAAAUGUAGCAAUUCUUCUUGAGGGAAAUCACAAUCUUGAGCCAUAUUUGUCACUGUUGUAAAUUUUUGUUUAAUAAAUUUGUACA